GCAAGGCCCACACUCCUUCGCAGAAACAUUUACAAGAAGCAAAAGGAGAAAACAGAGAGAAAAAAGUGGAGGAUUGUUGAAGAGAGACCACACACACACCACAAGUCUUUCACUGACUCUCCCUCCUACCUCCGAAACAAAAGCUUCAAUUUUAGUCACAAUUUCUCACUGCAAAGAAAAAUAAGAAAAGGUUUAAAAAUAAAAACAAAAAGAACAGAACUUGUGGUGGCCAAAACAGAGAAAGGAGUCAUUUACGAGUUUUUGAAGCAAAAGGUUAAAUAUUUUUUAUAGAUCAGAGGGUGAUGUCGUGUUCUUCUUCAUCUGGGUCUGAAGAAGACGAUGAGGGGUUUGAUUCCUAUCGGAAAGGAGGGUACCACGCCGUCAGGGUCGGCGAUCAGUUCGCUGGCGGCAGGUACAUAGCGCAAAGGAAACUGGGUUGGGGUCAGUUUUCAACCGUUUGGCUUGCCUAUGAUACUACCACAUCAACAUAUGUUGCCCUCAAGUUCCAGAAAAGUGCAGCCCAAUUUGCUCAGGCUGCCCUUCAUGAGAUUGAUGUUCUUUCAUCCCUUGCUGAUGGUGCUGCUAUGAAUUCAAAAUGUGUUGUCCAAUUGAUUGACCACUUUAAGCACACAGGUCCUAAUGGCCAGCACCUUUGCAUGGUGCUGGAAUUUCUUGGAGAUAGCUUGCUCCGUCUAAUCAAAUAUAGCCGCUAUAAAGGCCUUCCAAUGGAUAAAGUUAGGGAGAUUUGCAAAUGCAUUUUGAUUGGUUUGGAUUAUUUGCAUAGAGAACAUGGUAUUAUCCAUACAGACCUAAAACCAGAAAAUGUUCUUCUGGUUUCUACCAUUGAUCCUGCCAAAGACCCUCUUAGAUCUGGACUAUCCCCAAUAUUAGAGAGGCCUGAGGGAAAUAUAAAUGGUGGAGUUACAAGUCUUAUUGAGAAAAAGUUGAAAAGGAGAGCAAGGAGGGCAGUUGCUAAAAUAUCUGGAAGAACUGCUUCAAUAGGAGGAACAGAAGCGCUAAAAUCUGAUAGAAAUAUUGAUGGGAUUGAUGUGAGAUGCAAGGUCGUUGAUUUUGGAAAUGCAUGUUGGGCUGAUAAGCAGUUUGCUGAAGAAAUUCAGACAAGACAAUACAGAGCUCCUGAAGUAAUACUCCAGGCUGGUUAUUCCUUCUCUGUUGACAUGUGGUCUUUUGCUUGUAUUGCUUUUGAGCUUGCCACUGGUGAUAUGUUGUUUACACCCAAGGUUGGACAAGGUUUUAGUGAGGAUGAGGAUCACCUUGCUCUGAUGAUGGAACUCCUUGGAAAGAUGCCCCGGAAGAUUGCCACGGCUGGAGCAAAGUCCAAGGAUUUCUUUGACAGACACGGGGAUCUCAAAAGGAUUCGAAGACUAAAGUUUUGGCCACUUAACAAAUUGUUGGUUGAUAGAUAUAAAUUUGCAGAGAGUGAUGCUCAUGAAUUUUCUGAGUUUCUUUUACCACUUCUAGAUUUUGCGCCUGAGAAGCGGCCAACUGCGCAGCAGUGCCUGCAACAUCCAUGGUUCAAGGGCAUGGAGUCUACUCCAGAUGAAAUGGGAAAUGAAUCUAGUGUGGAAAAUGUGGAUGUUGGGAUGAGCAACCUUAAAAUCAAGGUGGGAAAGUGAAGGGGAGAAAGAUAUUUGACAGACACCCUCUAAGACCCUCCUCCUUCCACAUGAAUGACUAUUGAUUGUGAUCUUUUUCUUUUGUUUGGUCAAAUUUAAUAAGAUUUAUUUUUUUAUUGGAUUAACUGCUACAGAGAUGUAAAUUAGUAAAGAAUUUUGUUUAUCCAGAGAUAUCUGACACAAUUUGUGUGUAUAUUUACCACAUGAUUUAAAGUGAUGAUGGCAUUCAUCCAAGUCAAGUCUAAUGUUUUUCUCCCAAUUCAAGUUGCAAAGAUAGGAGAAAGGAACUUU